GCUCAAACACGACGCGAUCGCGUACGAAAAAAAUCACACCGAUUAUCGCCGAUCUCGCGCGUGAAAUCAUCGCGACGCCUACGUACGGGCGUCGCGCGGCGUCGCGUAGCUGAAGUGACUCCAUUGAGCGGCAGUGCGGCUUACCCCCGCCGUCUCCCGCGCCGUCGGUCGGUGACGCACGCUUCCGGGAACCAUCAGUCGCUGCUCUUCGUGCCCACAGCGAGAGGGAAAAUGUCGGCGCGCUGUCGAUGGGGCUUGCCGUGCCGCCAGUGAACAGCCCGAUCGUGAUACAUUAGAACGACCUUAUCGCGGCCCCGGUAACCUUCACUAACCGAAAUCCGGUUCGUAAAGCUUCCCCAUACGUCACGGUCGUUUGCAUACCCUCGAUUCGACUCGACCUUCGCGCGUGAAAGAGAGAAAGAGAGAGAAAGAGAGAAAAGGGAGCCAGCAAGGAAGAGAGACGGAGAGAGGGUGAGAGAUAUCGUGGGACGGUUAGGGAUCGAGCGAAAGACAUCGGGAGAAAGAGAAGGACGGAGGGCAGGUGCAAAACCACACCGCCGUGUAGAGGUCCCCGCGUAAGGUAGCGUAAGGGUAAAGCCAGGCAGAGUGGAGGUGAGAGAGAAGACAUACGGAGGUGAGCAGUGACAUGGCGUCGUUGGCGAUGUCAAUAGCGAAGAGUGAAUUCAUCGUGGGUGGCAAGUAUAGGUUGAUGAGGAAGAUCGGCUCGGGCUCCUUUGGCGACAUUUAUCUCGGCAUUAACAUCUCCAAUGGCGAGGAAGUUGCUGUUAAGUUGGAGAACAUGCGAGCCCGACAUCCGCAGCUUCUAUAUGAAUCAAAGCUAUACAAAAUAUUACAUGGUGGUAUAGGAAUACCACACAUACGUUGGUAUGGUCAAGAACGUGAAUAUAAUGUUCUUGUUAUGGAUCUUCUUGGGCCAUCUCUGGAAGACCUUUUCACUUUCUGUUCAAGAAGGUUUACAAUCAAGACAGUCUUAAUGUUGGCAGAUCAGAUGAUUGGUAGGAUUGAGUAUGUUCAUUGCAAACACUUUAUUCACAGAGAUAUAAAACCAGAUAAUUUUUUAAUGGGGAUUGGGCGACAUUGUAACAAGUUAUUCCUCAUCGAUUUUGGAUUGGCUAAAAAGUAUAGAGAUAGUCGCACGAGACUGCAUAUAAUAUAUCGAGAAGAUAAAAAUUUAACAGGUACUGCGAGGUAUGCUUCUAUCAAUGCACAUCUUGGAAUUGAACAAAGUCGUCGCGACGACAUGGAAUCACUCGGCUAUGUUCUUAUGUACUUUAAUCGAGGAUCUUUACCGUGGCAAGGUCUCAAAGCUGCGACGAAGAAGCAGAAAUAUGAGAAAAUUAGUGAGAAAAAAAUGUCCACGCCAGUAGAAGUCUUAUGCAAGGGAUUUCCUGCCGAAUUUGCAAUGUAUUUAAAUUAUACGCGAGGUCUACGCUUUGAAGAAAGCCCGGACUACAUGUAUUUACGCCAACUUUUCCGCAUACUUUUCCGUACAUUGAACCAUCAAUAUGAUUACACAUUUGAUUGGACGAUGUUAAAACAAAAAGCAGCAAGUAGUAAUAUUAGCGGUGGAGUGUCAACAGGUGGGCCAGGUCUCUCUCAAGGUGCUCAAGGUGCUCAAGGGCAAGGACAAGGCCAAGGUCAGGCACCUACUCAGGCCACCGCUCAAUCAGGAGCGCGCUAAGACUAUAACUCUUCAUUGUAGCAACAAUCUUGAUUGCGAUCACUAAAGUGUUUCAAAGUGAGGUAUCAAAUUUCUUACAGAAGUUAUCGUUCAAAGAGUCAUAUCAGUCAACACUCUAAUUUCAUGCAAAGAGAGAUCGUGAUGUAAAUUACAAAUGCCAGCAUUCGCGUAUGUGCGACAAGAGGAGCAUAGUUGUAUCACACAUUUACUGAAUCGUAUGAGAUGUUGUAACUUAGAGUUGGCAACUUAGAGUUUCGGCUGAUUGAACUUUUUGGAUUUUGCAAUCCGAGUGAGAGACCAGCCAGCUAAAAAGUGGCUUGUUCUUAUUUUGUUAUUACGUAUUUAAUUUACCGUUGGUAAUCAUUAAAAAUAAAGAUUUUGUUGCCCUGAGGAAAAUUGUAAGGGAGUAAACAUAUACUGGGCUUGAAUGGGUUAUUUAAUUCGCGAAAAUGUGCAACUUUCAUGGAGAGAAAGAGAGGAUGUUCAGACCAUUCUCGGAUGCUCGCGUUAAUCUGCGGAGCGUGUGGUUUAAAAUUUUAUAUCUAUUCUAUAAACAAGAAAAGAGAGAUUCACAGAAAAAUAUGUGAGUGUUUUUGUGAAAGUAUGAGUACUACUGUGGUAAACUGAUAUUCUGCUUCCUAAAUUUUGUUUUGUCUUCAAUAUAUAGUGUGAUCAUACUAGAGUAUGUGGAAUGUUGAGAAAGUGUUAAUAUUUUUCUUAUCAAGGAUAAUAUGUCAAUAGUGUAUCAAAAGUAUUCUACCAUUGCACACUUUUGGUACGUUUUUUUAACCGAAAUAAUUUUUUUUUAUAUAAAUGAACGAUUACGUCUCUCUCCGAUAUAAUAUUGACAAGUUAAAGUAAUAUUAAAGAUACCUUAAUGUUAAGGCAACACUCUUAAUUGUUAAGUAUGUACCGUACUGUAUUGAGUAACGAGUACUCCAUUGAGAAACGAACAAACGACUAACGAUUCUAUUGUAGAAAUAUCCCUCGAUUUACUCUCUUUCUGUCUGUGAAUAUGUUUAUUAUGAGUCGCAGAAGUAAAAAAAUCGUUGAAGAAGAAGAAAAGAAGAAAUUUUGAAUAAUGGGGAAGUAGUUACAAGCUUACUUUCAUUUAGAUAAUGUUUUAAAAAGUUAUCUUAUUCGGAAAGUAUUCCUGUAACUGAGGUUCUAGCUGGAUAAUUCUUCCGUAUAUAGUUUUAAUAGCCGAGACUGUGCAGUAGCUAUUUCACGUGCUGUUGCUUCAAGAUUAAGUUUAAUAUUUUGUAUACACUUUAAAGGACUUCAUAUAUUUCAUCAUGACCAACGUUUUUCGUACAUGCAUACACAUACAUACCGAGAGAAGUUGCCUCGAAACAGUCAGAAAUACUUAUUGAUAUCGGCAAUUGCUAAAGAACUAUUGUUUCUAUUCAUAUCAUUUAAGAUUUUAGUUGUAUUAUUCGUUCUAUAGUUGCUAAACUCUUCGUCCAUGUUCUGCGAGCAUUAGUUUCCAAAAAAA